GUACGAGUAUUUGCAAACUAGAGACUGGGGCUGGUCGCAUUGAUCCAGUCUGCAGCAUAAGCAAUGUCAUUGAGAUUUUGGAUAUUAAGACAAAAAUUACUUGAGAUUUCAUAAAGAUCAAUUAGAAUUAUUAGGAAUUAUUUUGUAGUAUGAUGGGAAGGAUUGACGUGGAUUUGAAUAAAGUUUUUGGGGGAACCGAUAAGAUAAAUAAUGAUGAUAAUAUGUUCUAGGUACAAAAUUCUUAUUUUUAUUAAUUGCAAGUCUGCAUUACGAUUUAAUUAAUAUGUAUGAGAUUUAUAAUAGUUUUGAUAAAUGGAUAAUCUGUAGUGAUUUUGAUGAUACGAAGAACUUUGUCUGAAAAAUACAUUAUAGUGGUGGGUUUUGUUAGUUUAAUUUUGGGAAGUUCUUUUGUAGUACAAUCCUAAUACUUUUUGGUAGUGAACAAAUUUUCGUAUUACUGAAAAUCCGAAAUUUGGAAAUGCUCGCACCCCGGAAAGGAAGCUCACGUUCAUUCUGGUACAAGUGUAGGUGCCUGGUAGGGUGGGUCGUUGCUACUUUGGGGUGUGGGUGUUGCGUCGCAAGGCGACUAACGGGAAAUCAGUGAAGUGGGGAGGUGUAUGAGAAUUGGUUCUGAAAAUGUCCGCUGCGCGAAAUUGGCGCGUCGCGCUGCAGUAACGUUCGUGUCGGUCGGGAUAGACUGCCCGCGACUUGGUGAUCAACCAUCGGGACUGGCUCGGUAGAAACGCGACGAGUUAAAAAAAAAGGCGUGUUUUGGGUUUGAGGAUAAAGCGCGAGUCGAAACGUAGUCUAGGAACGUAAAAGAAGAUAUGGUGCAAAUGGGGUGAGAAUCCCGGAAGAAAGAAUCAAAAUCGAAAAGAAGUUAUCGGAACGGAGACAAGACUAGGGUGAAUAAAACAAAAUAUAUCGAAAAAGUAGUGGAAGAGUUUUGGAAAUUCAACGCCCGUCAAGGACCAAUCUUAAUCAAAAAGGGAUUAUUGUAUAAAAAAAAGUGAUGAAAGUUUACACGACACGGCUGAAAAGUUAAUGUUAGAUUUUCAUUUUUAUCGCGAUUAUUGGUGACACGCCCCUGUGAAAUUAAAGAGAAACGUAACGUAACACACAAAAAUUUUACCCUAUAUAAAGAAAAUUUCAAGAAGAGACUACGCGGUACGCAGUGACGUGCCAAGGAUGACGGAGGCCCGGGUGUAGGUACUGGUACAGGGCUGGUCCAAGAUGCUGACACAAAGUAAAUUUUACGCGCUCUUCAUACACUACACAUUUGUGUAGUCGUGAUACAGGGUGUGGAUCCUCCCAGUUUUCGAAACGCCGCCCCUUGGUACCAUUUAACCCCGCCCACAAAAGGAAUCUGCAAAACAAGUGAUUAAUCCGCGAGCCCUAGAAGGUGGAGAAAACGGUGUAUAUACAUACAAGAUAAUCGUGUGAAGGAGUUAAGGGUGUUUCAAGGAUCACGCGUGUGUCACGUAGAUUAUGCAUAUAUAUACAGGUAUAUAGAAACGUUUUCGAUUCUGAUUUCAGUGGUUAUACAUGUAUAUAUAUUAUAUAUAUAUAUAUAUGUAUAGCUGUUGUAUUAUUGGUGCAAAUUUGGAAUCGUGAAUUACGUUGAUGUGAUGUUUAGUGUUAACGUUUAAAGAUCGUCAAGGAUUCUGGAGGCCGAGCGAAUAUUUCAUAAUCCGGUACGCACAUACAUAUAAACGUUGACACAAAGCAUAAUACAUUUCUGAUUAUCCAUAUCCUUUCCUUCGGUCCCAAAGCCCCGCCCCAAGAAGCCACCACCAGCACACUUUUACAUACGCACCAUUCAUAUCACGUCUAUCCCCACCAAACGAGUUUCCUUCGCUCCGCCCAUUGCUAUGCCAUUCACCGGCAGCCUAUCGCUCCACUAAUUUCAAUAUAUAUAAAGUCAGUGCCUGCAAAUUAUCAUAUCCCCAGGAAAUAAAACCAAAAUACGAAGAUUAAUCUAGGGAAAUGUGAAAAAUAUUAAACAAGAAGAUAAGAUUUUAUCGGAGCUAUCAUUUACUCCGACGCUUUUGCCUGCUGUAUAUAAAAGGGGAGAUUACGUUACUUAUAAGAAAACUGGUUCAAGUCCGGACUAUGAUAAUUCGGAUAAUAGAUUGAUUCUACUCGCCGCUUCAUGUAUACGUCGGACAUGAAAAAUCUUGGUUCGCGUUGGACGGGCCCCAACAUACCACGCACUGCCGCAGCGCGUUCGCUAGAGGUCGUCGCCGUAUCGUCGUCAAGUAUAAACAGUAUCGAAGACAUCGAGACCAGGUGUGCCGGAAGUACCAGGAGUAGCGGGAGCAUCUUAGUCGGCGGAAGUGGUAACGGCAGGAUCAGUAGGAAGCGCAGCAGUGUCAAGAGGAGGAUCAGCAUCGGGAACGGCACAAGGGACGUACGGAGUAUCGGCAGGAACAGAAGAAGCAAAAGGACAUCCGGUAGCGAGGGCAGAAGCAAGAGCGCCGAUUGCUACUACGCUGGUCAAAGUAUCGGCAAGAAGUCUGUACCGGUUAGGCAUUCGAAAGGGCCCAGCGCCGAGGACAGGUGCACGGAGGACAAAGUCAGGGAAGCCGUUCACGUGGAACCGAAGGAGAAUCAACCGGAUCCCGAAGAGUUCAGUUUGGUGCGAGACAGUACGCCUCCAUCCGUCCGAAGAUCACAAGUCACUUCUCUGUCCUAUCCUCGUAUACCUAAGAGACCCAUUUCCGGUAGGCUGUCGGGCCAACUUCGGCUACGACUCUUAACCAGGAACCUUCGACCUUAUUGCAUCCAUCUGAAGUCUUGUCGUAGCCGACCUAGGCAUAUUGGCUACUCCUCGCUGAACAUACGUUGUCGUUUUGAGAACUGUUAGCACCGCUCGUCAGAAAGGUGGCUCAGUCGUGUGCAGCCUAGACAAUGUCCGAAGACUCUGACUCGAUAUCAGAGCAAGAACGAAGUUUGUUCCGUCCGUUCACGCGGGAGUCCCUGGCAGCGAUCGAGUCUCGCAUUGCCGAGGAAUAUGCCAAGCAGAAGGAGCUCGAGAAGAAGAGAGCAGAAGGCGAGGGAGGUUUUGGACGGAAGAAAAAGAAAAAAGAAGUACGAUACGAUGAUGAAGAUGAAGAUGAAGGACCACAGCCGGAUCCGAUGUUCGAACAGGGGGCGCCAAUUCCGGUCCGACUGCACAACGAAUUUCCUCCCGAGUUGGCCUCCACACCUCUUGAGGAUAUUGAUACUUACUACCACAAUCAAAGGACGUUCGUGGUCAUCAGCAAGGGAAAGGAUAUAUUCCGAUUCUCGGCCACUGACGCCCUGUGGAUCCUCGAUCCGUUCAAUCCGAUACGCCGGGUGGCCAUCUACAUUCUGGUCCACCCACUCUUUUCUCUCUUCAUCAUCACCACAAUUUUGGUUAACUGCAUACUCAUGAUCAUGCCCACCACGCCCACCAUCGAGUCCACCGAAGUGAUAUUUACGGGCAUCUACACAUUUGAGUCCGCCGUUAAGGUGAUGGCGAGGGGUUUCAUUCUGCAGCCUUUUACCUAUCUUAGAGAUGCAUGGAAUUGGCUCGACUUCGUAGUUAUAGCUUUAGCUUAUGUGACGAUGGGCAUAGAUCUAGGCAACCUUGCCGCUCUCAGGACAUUUCGAGUCCUCCGAGCCUUGAAGACUGUCGCUAUUGUACCAGGUCUGAAAACCAUUGUCGGCGCUGUGAUAGAAUCCGUUAAAAAUCUGCGCGAUGUGAUAAUCCUUACGAUGUUCUCGCUGUCCGUCUUUGCGCUUAUGGGACUUCAGAUUUACAUGGGGGUCCUUACGCAGAAAUGUAUAAAAAACUUCCCCGAGGACGGAUCGUGGGGCAAUCUCACCGAUGAGAACUGGGAGCGAUUUGUUAGUAACGAAACUAAUUGGUACGUGGACGAAGGUGGUAACAUGCCGUUAUGUGGGAACUCGUCCGGAGCAGGGAUGUGCGAUCCUGGAUACACGUGUCUCCAAGGAUACGGCUCCAAUCCGAAUUACGGUUAUACGAGUUUCGAUACUUUCGGCUGGGCACUCCUGUCAGCGUUCCGACUGAUGACCCAGGAUUAUUGGGAAAAUCUGUACCAGCUGGUAUUGAGAUCCGCGGGUCCAUGGCACAUGCUCUUCUUCAUCGUAAUCAUUUUCCUCGGCUCCUUCUACCUCGUUAACUUGAUCCUCGCUAUCGUCGCCAUGUCUUACGACGAGCUGCAAAAGAAAGCAGAGGAAGAGGAAGCUGCUGAGGAGGAAGCCAUUAGGGAAGCCGAGGAAGCAGCCCUGGCCAAGGAGAAUAAACUGGCGGCGCAGGCGGCGGCCCGGGAGGCGGCUGCUACGGCGGCCGCCACCGAGCAAAUCGUCAAGUCGCCGUCGGACUUCUCCUGUCAAAGCUAUGAGCUCUUCGUCGGCCAGGAGAAGGGCAACGAUGACAACAAUAAGGAGAGGAUGAGCAUACGAUCGAUUCAGUCGGUGAGCGAACACAGAGUGAAGCCAGCGAACAACAAUCACGGCAGUGCUACCACCAACAAAGUCCGAAAAGUCAGCGCCGGCUCUCGCGCCGCUAAUGGCCAGUUUACUUAUGCCUACCAGGAAAGUCUGAGGAAGGUACGUGUAUCGUGUGGCGUGGAGUCGAGUCUUGUCAGCAUCAGAACAGCGAGUCUCAGCCUACCGGGCUCACCGUUCAACAUACGUCGUGGCAGUCGCGGUAGCCAUCAGUUCACAAUACGCAACGGUAGAGGUCGCUUCGUUGGUCCGCCAGGUGGCGACAGGAAACCCCUCGUGUUAUCGACGUAUCUGGACGCACAAGAGCAUUUACCAUACGCAGAUGAUUCGAAUGCCGUCACACCGAUGUCUGAAGAAAACGGCACGAUCGUUGUGCCGGUUUAUUACGCCAGUCUUGGUUCACGGCAUUCCUCUUACACGUCCCACGCAUCCAGAUUAUCGUACACGUCACACGGCGAUCUCCUGAGCGGCAUCGCAGGCGCUGGUAAACCCAUGACAAAGGAAAGUAGACUGAGAAGUAGAUCAGCCAGACCCCCGUCAGUUAACGGACAUAUGGGAGACUCUAAUCAGAAGCAUCAUUAUGAUGGCGAUAUGGAGGAUCCAAUGAACAAGAUGAAGCAACAAGACAAUCCGUUCAUCGAACCUUCCCAGCAGCAUGCAGUGGUGGAUAUGAAAGACGUGAUGGUGUUGAAUGACAUCAUCAAUCAGGCGGCUGGUCGGCAGAGCAGAGCAUCGGAGCACGGAGUUUCGAUCUAUUACUUUCCGACAGACGACGACGAAGAAGGUCCCACCUUGAAGGAAAAAUUAUUGUCGUUUUGCCUGCGCUGCAUCGACAUAUUCUGCGUCUGGGAUUGCUGCUGGGCUUGGCUGAAGUUCCAAAAGUUCGUCAGCCUCGUGGUAUUCGAUCCAUUCGUGGAGCUCUUCAUCACUCUCUGUAUCGUCGUGAAUACGCUCUUCAUGGCUCUGGACCAUCACGACAUGGACAAGGACAUGGAGAGAGUACUGAAAUCCGGAAAUUACUUCUUCACGGCUACAUUCGGAAUCGAGGCGACCCUGAAGCUCAUCGCCAUGAGUCCCAAGUAUUACUUUCAGGAAGGCUGGAACAUCUUCGACUUCAUCAUCGUAGCCCUGUCACUGCUGGAACUGGGCCUGGAGGGUGUACAGGGCCUUUCAGUAUUGCGAUCCUUCCGAUUGCUAAGAGUUUUCAAAUUGGCCAAAUCCUGGCCCACCCUCAAUCUUCUGAUUUCCAUUAUGGGUCGAACGGUCGGCGCCCUGGGUAACUUGACCUUUGUACUCUGUAUCAUCAUCUUCAUAUUCGCCGUGAUGGGCAUGCAGCUCUUCGGCAAGAAUUACACCGACAACGUCGAUCGAUUCCCGGACGGUGAUUUACCAAGAUGGAAUUUUACCGAUUUCAUGCACUCCUUCAUGAUCGUCUUUCGGGUGCUUUGUGGGGAAUGGAUUGAGUCCAUGUGGGACUGUAUGCUGGUCGGUGACGUUUCCUGUAUCCCAUUCUUCCUGGCUACGGUCGUCAUCGGUAACCUGGUCGUUCUCAACCUCUUCUUGGCGUUGCUCUUGAGCAACUUCGGCUCGUCAAAUCUGUCGGCGCCAACGGCCGAUAACGACACUAAUAAAAUAGCAGAGGCCAUCGACAGGAUAGCACGGUUCAUCAAGUGGGUCAAGCGAAAUCUACUUUAUUUGGCUAAGUUGAUGAGGGCCAAAUUCACCAACCAGAUAUCCGAUCAGGCGCCAGGUGAGGGACCGUCCAACAGUUGGAAAGAAGGUUGCAGAUAUUUUUUCAAAAUACGAAAAAGGGACUUCAAUCAGAUCGUGCCUGAUUGUGCAGAUGGAAUUGAUCGAGAUGGAGAUCUAGAUCUUGCAGAUGGUGAAUUAGACGGCUAUAGAGAUAAAAAGAGUGCAAAGGAUCUGAACAACCAAUUAGAAGUCGCGAUUGGAGAUGGAAUGGAAUUUACGAUUCACGGAGAUCUGAAAAAUAAAUUGAAAAAAGGCAAACUCUGCAUGAACAACACAAAAGCAAUUGGCAAUUCGAUAAAUCAUCGUGACAAUCGUAUGGAGCACGAAUACAUAAAUCAUCACGACGAGGAUACCAUAAGUAACAAGUCCUACGGGAGUCACAAGCAUCGCCCAUUCAAAGAUGAGAGUCACAAGGGCAGCAUGGAUUCGUUGAAUGGCGAGGAGAAGAAGGAUGCCAGCAAAGAGGAUCUGGAGGAUCAGGAAGACCUAGAAGAAGAGGGUGAAGAGGGCGAAGACGAAUUGGACUGCGAAAUCAUUCAAGCCGACGAGGACAUAAUCGAGGCGGAUUAUCCGGCCGAUUGUUGUCCUGACAAUUGUUACAAGAAAUUUCCAUUUUUGGCGGGCGACGACGAUGCGCCGUUUUGGCAGGGUUGGGCGAACUUACGAUUGAAAACAUUCCAGCUGAUCGAGAACAAGUACUUUGAGACUGCGGUCAUCACGAUGAUCCUGCUCAGCAGUUUGGCACUGGCUUUGGAGGACGUUCAUUUGCAACAGAGACCAAUACUCCAGGACAUCCUCUACUAUAUGGACCGUAUAUUCACGGUGAUCUUCUUCUUGGAGAUGCUGAUAAAGUGGUUGGCGCUUGGAUUCAAAAAAUACUUCACAAACGCGUGGUGCUGGCUGGAUUUCAUAAUUGUCAUGGUGUCACUCAUUAACUUCGUAGCGUCGCUCUGUGGCGCGGGCGGGAUCCAAGCCUUCAAAACUAUGCGGACCCUAAGGGCCCUAAGGCCUCUCAGGGCGAUGUCUAGAAUGCAGGGAAUGCGGGUGGUCGUCAACGCAUUGGUCCAAGCUAUACCAUCCAUCUUCAACGUGUUGUUGGUGUGUCUGAUAUUUUGGCUGAUCUUCGCCAUAAUGGGAGUACAGUUGUUUGCCGGAAAAUAUUUUAAGUGCGUCGACACAAACAAAACUACACUGAGUCACGAAAUAAUUCCCGAUCGUAAUGCCUGCAUAGCCGAAAAUUACACCUGGGAAAAUUCCCCAAUGAACUUCGAUCACGUGGGCAAAGCAUACCUGUGCCUAUUUCAAGUGGCAACCUUCAAAGGCUGGAUACAGAUAAUGAACGACGCCAUAGACUCCAGAGAAGUAAACAAACAGCCGAUUCGCGAAACUAAUAUCUACAUGUACCUUUACUUCGUGUUCUUCAUCAUAUUCGGCUCGUUCUUCACCCUGAACCUGUUCAUCGGAGUGAUCAUCGACAACUUCAACGAGCAGAAGAAAAAGGCUGGCGGUUCGUUAGAAAUGUUCAUGACGGAGGACCAGAAGAAGUACUACAACGCAAUGAAGAAAAUGGGCAGUAAAAAGCCAUUAAAAGCCAUACCUCGACCAAGGUGGCGCCCUCAGGCGAUAGUGUUCGAAAUAGUUACGGACAAAAAGUUCGAUAUGAUAAUAAUGUUGUUCAUCGGACUGAACAUGCUGACGAUGACCUUGGAUCAUUAUCAGCAGAGCGAGACAUUCAGCAACGUCCUGGACUAUCUCAACAUGAUAUUCAUAGUGAUAUUCACCAGCGAAUGUCUGAUGAAGAUCUUCGCCCUGCGCUACCACUACUUCAAGGAGCCCUGGAACCUCUUUGAUUUUGUUGUCGUUAUAUUAUCAAUAUUAGGUCUGGUACUCAGUGACAUAAUCGAGAAGUACUUCGUCUCGCCGACCUUGCUCAGGGUAGUCCGGGUGGCCAAGGUCGGUCGGGUGUUGCGAUUGGUAAAAGGCGCCAAGGGUAUUCGUACUCUGCUCUUCGCCCUGGCCAUGUCUCUUCCGGCCCUCUUCAACAUCUGCCUCCUGCUGUUCCUGGUGAUGUUCAUCUUCGCCAUAUUCGGCAUGUCCUUCUUCAUGCACGUGAAGGACAAGAGCGGCCUGGACGACGUUUACAACUUCAAGACCUUCGGACAGUCGAUGAUCUUGCUGUUUCAGAUGUCGACGUCCGCCGGCUGGGACGGCGUGCUCGACGGCAUAAUAAACGAGGAGGACUGUCAGGAGCCAAACAACGAGAUAGGCUACCCAGGAAACUGCGGCUCCUCGACAAUCGGGAUAGCGUAUCUCCUCUCCUACCUGGUUAUAAGUUUCCUGAUAGUGAUAAACAUGUACAUCGCCGUGAUCCUCGAGAAUUACUCGCAGGCAACAGAGGACGUGCAGGAGGGUCUAACGGAUGACGAUUACGACAUGUACUACGAGAUAUGGCAGCAGUUCGAUCCGGAUGGCACACAGUACAUAAGAUACGACCAGCUAUCAGAUUUUCUCGAUGUGCUCGAGCCGCCAUUGCAGAUACACAAGCCGAACAAGUACAAGAUUGUGUCGAUGGAUAUCCCCAUAUGUAAGGGUGACCUUAUGUUUUGCGUGGAUAUCCUCGAUGCACUCACCAAGGACUUCUUCGCGAGGAAGGGCAACCCGAUAGAGGAAACCGCCGAGCUGAACGAGGUGCAGACCAGGCCCGGUGAGACGGGCUACGAGCCUGUCUCCUCGACGCUCUGGCGCCAGCGUGAAGAGUAUUGCGCCCGCCUGAUACAGAACGCCUGGCGCAAGCACAAGCAACAGAAGCUCGGCGGUCCCAGCGAGGAGAGUGACGAUCCCGACAUGGAUCCGCUUUGUCAUCGCCAGACGGCCGUCCUGGUGGAGAGUGACGGUUUCGUGACGAAGAAUGGCCAUCGCGUUGUGAUUCAUAGCCGCUCGUCCAGUGUGACAUCGCGGACGGCCGACGUCUGAUCGGAGCCUCUCUCUGCUUCCUUAUAUAAGCGGUUACCCCCACCAGGAUGGAGGCAAGUCUUACCGAAGUCCCCGCCCACGUGGGACUGCCCGACGCAGGCACCGCCCACUAAGGAAAGUACGGAUGUGAUAACGACAGUCACGGCUCAACCGCCGGUCGAAGCGCACGCGUGUCUAUUUACUAUUGCUACUGCUACUACUACUAUUACUACCACUACUACUAUUACUACCACUACUACUACCACUACUACUACUACUACUCUAACAGCCUUAUAGUUGUAUAAUAUACGAGGAAAUAAUUGGAUUUAAAUAAAAAAAUGGACAUCCUCCGUACCAUUUGCCUUUAUCAACGAGCAGUCGAAUCUGCUGGAAAAGGCAGCGAUUUGGAGGUUCGUGUGGCGAUAGACGUGCAGCCAUUCGAAAUCGGCACCACUCGGUUGACGAUUGCGUGAGUGGGGGAUGUUCAUGUGUGCACUGCGAGGAAGAGACUGUGUCUUGACAAUUAUAUAUAGUGAGAUACUUUUUUUUUCCUGUAAGCGUAUGGCGAUGGUUAUGUAAACAAGUUAGAUGCUGACGCAUUCGAGUCACUUCCCCAUUAAAUAUCGACUCGGAGGUCGCCAGCAUCGCCGUGUAUAUGAGGACGGGCUUUCAAGUUGAAUAACAGUGGUGAAAGUGAGGUGCGAGUUGGAACUCUCAACGGAAAGUGAAUGAGUCCAACUAUUGACUUGCCAAUGUAUACUGCGAGAUGCAGGAAAAAGAAUAUAAUGAAACUAACCUUUCGAAGAAUCGAUUAGGAGAACUUAAGAUCAGGCUAAAGGAGGGGAGUGCAUCCGGAAUAACCAAAUAAUAAAUAGAACGAUGAAAACUGGACCAUGCUGCCCUGGGUACGUCGUGAGAUAAAGAAAAAAUGACUGUUACAACUACAGGGGCGAUACUGCGACGAAGAAGAGGCAAGCAGUUUCAGAAGGGGAGCAGGGAUGGACAACUGACAGAAAAAGAAGAGACAUAUGAAGAAAAAAUGAAGAUGUAUAAUUAAGCACGUGAUUAUUAAUUACCGUAUUCAGGUUUUCUACGUUGUUGUUUGGGAGCGCGCAAAGACGAAUGCGCGCACUUUCGUCUUUGCCGUAACCGGAAGUGUAAUAUUUAACAAAACACGGAAGCAACUCCGUUCGGACGUUUCUACGCCACAGCUGCACGCGAUCGGUUGGAGAGCGGAGCUGAUCGAAGUUAGGAGUGGGAGCGACAAGAGACAGGUGACUGAUAAGGGAGAUUUAAAAAAAACAGAGAAACCUAAUUAAUACAGCCUAUUCUGCAUUUCGGCUUUUUAUAAUUGCACUCUUCUACUCCUCGUAAUCUCUAUUCGAAAAUAAUAAUCCACUCUAAUCUAUUUUUUGCGUGUGUCAAAAGGGCGUGGCCACGGUAAAAGGGGCGUGACGGCGAGCUCGAGCGCGCGCGAUUCGUCGGUGGUCUUCGUGGAGGGGAAUACGGUGGGCGGGUCUUGCGAGGAGUGUGGGCGGGUUCUCAUAGAAAGGGACGUGGUAAUAGUUGGAUUAGUGGUGUGACGGUUGCGAAAUAAUCGAAAUGUUAGCUAAUACGUUCAGACGUCGCGCUGGCUUCGCGGAAUAACGUUGUUUCGUGUGAGUGUGUGUGCGGUGUGUGGGUACGCGUGUGCUUCUGUGUGAAAGCAAGCAUCAAGUAGAGUCGAGAAUAGCUGAAUAUUAUUUCUGUUUGAUUUUCAUUUAAAUUAAAAUUUUUUCGGAGUCUUUAAAUUUUUCCUCGCAUCUAAUCAGUAGAUGUUUAUAUAUAGUAACGCCUUAGCGAGUAUUGCACGGCGGAAUAGUAAAUUCUUUUAUCACAAGUAAAAAUUAAAAAAAAAUCAAAACGGGUCGAUAAAUCAUAAAACUAGUUAUCGUAAUACAACUUCUUCGUGUAAAUAUCGCGAUAUUCUAAAUUUUCUUGAUACUUGGCAUUAAUACAAAUUAUGUUUUGUUCUUCUCAAAGACACGCAUUAGGUUUAAAUUCAUGAUCGGCCAUAAUUAUUUUGCCUUGUAUGAGUAGCCGCCUUAUUUUCGCAUGUCGAAAACUUAACGAAACCCGGAAGUAUUAGUGAAGUAUGGGUGAACCAUAUAAAAAAAAAGGACAUUACCUUAUUACCGAUAACGACGAUAGCCAAAAGUAAAGAAAGAAUAAUACGUCAGCGAAGCCAGUCGAUAAGCCGCAUCCAUUCGCGGACGCGCCUUCGAUAUUUUUCUAUGCGUAAAACGUGAGUCGGAGAAAGGAUGUAAAAACUUGUGAGAAACAGGGAUAAAACUUAACAAAAAAAAAAAAGUAAAUAAUUGAUUAUCGAAAAACAUGACGGGAAAACAAAAAAACAUACUCGCGGUGAUAUCGAUUGAGCAGCGAAGUAACACUAGCGGCGCGUAACGGUUUUUGUGGGGAUGAUCGGUGCAUGUUUUAGGAAUGGAAAUUUGUAAAGUUUAAUUGUGGUCAGAGUCCACAGCGACAUACAGGCGGUUAUCUAUACGUCUGCGUCAAGCGUGACGCAGAAAAGAACUAACGUAAGAAAACGUAAUGAGGAGGUAAAGAAAAAGAAAAAAAAGACAAAACGUUCAUUACUCUAUAAGCUAUAGAAGCUCAAAGGGAGAGGAAAAUCAUUGUAAAUUACUCGUACAAAUUAAUUACUAUCGGUGUCGAGUCCGCUUGUCAAAUACUUAUAGAGUGCCCGUCGAUAUUAUUACCCACGGUAAACUUUUUCUACUUAGAUUCGCAUCUCGAUUUCUUCGCGCGUUUUUUUUUUUCAUUCAAUGCGGAUGCAUCGACUUUACCGACGGUGUUGCGUGAAGCUUGAUACGGCAGAGGUCCUUCAUUACCGACGGCACAGUAAAUUCAUUGACCUUCAUUCGAUUUACGAAUGUAAUAUUACACAACCACCUCGAACUUUAUCUCAAGAAAGAGAAACAUGUAUAAAACGAAUUACAUCAGGAACUGAUGUUUCUUUUUCAACAUUGCUUAGUAAUAUGCCCGUCCCGGUGGCGCCCUCUGUCGUCGCGGUGAAGCUUUCUCUUCGUUACCGGCUAACGCUUCGAGUUUAUAAUUCUUCCGCCCCCGUUGAGUUCAGAAUGCUGUAAUAUGUGCAAAUAAUUCGAUAAUGCCGAGUGUCUAAAGUAAAAUGUGACGGUCGUGCGCAGGCGCCGCCCGAGAUUCCCCGCGCAGGUCCUCGGCGAAUUUCGCCACGGCGCAUGCGCGCGCGUGCACUAACGCUAAGCAGCAUGGCGUCUUUAAUCAACAGCCAUUCGAAUCACGUUGUGCGGUAAACUUUGUCAGCUGAUCGCUUCCCCCGAGCGUUGUCAAGUUUUACAUCGCACGAUAUGAAUUCGUACACUUUCGCAAACAUGGGUAAACACGAUACUUACUCAUUCACCCACACACACGUUUCAUGCAACAGUUGUGUAACACGCACAUACGCGUUUUAAUCGACGGUUUUUUUUUAAUAUGCUGCGCGCGUAUUUCGAACGGAACUUUCGACCUCGACCAAUCGUUCAGUUCAAUUCAGAGGUCUCGUUCGAGUGGAUGCGUGCGCAUGCACGUGGCAAAGUAAUAAUGUGAUGUUUCUCAAGGGCUUUAAAUGUAAUAUGCAGCGCGAUUAUUGUGUAACGAGUGAGUCUAGCGUGAGAUUCUUUAAGAAAUCGGAAAUGCAAAGAGGUAGGUUAGGUUUUGACGUUACCGACUGGAACUAGCGAGUGGCGUGAUAUUGAAACGAUGCGCGCGCAACUGAUGACCGUUGGUGGGGAUAACAACGCGAUUGGCCGACAGACUUCCCCCACUUCUCAAUUACAUCCCGCGCGGCAUCACGACGUUUUUCCCGCACGGUCUUUUAACCUGCGCGCGCAUCCUGUUACGUUCAUACGUAUGAGAGAAGAUGCGUGAUAAGUCGAACUUUUUGAAUGUUCCACCGUUACGUUAUUCUUCUUUCGGUUCGUACGACGCCCUCGGGACGAGUUCUGUUCCGCAUUCUUUUUUUCUCGCACGACAGUUCAGAUUUUGCAUCACUCUCAUCGCCUCAUUCUCUUUAUAUCUAUAUAUAUUCUCUCUCUGUCUCCGCCAAUAGAUGUCGAGCGUUGAAAUUAUGACUUACCCGUAAUAUAGUGUCUUAAAUCUAUUCCAUAAUUCGUUGGUUACUCAAACGCGACACUUCCAGCAUUGUCUCGUAUAUAUUUUUCUUACUUUAUAGUCAUUUACAGUUUUUCGCGGCUUACGAAGGGGCGCGAUGUUGAUCUCGGCCCGUGGCGUCGGCCGGUCCGACGUGUUUGUGAGUUCAAACAAGCGAGUACACGGUAACCAAAAAAGAAAAAAAAAAGAAAGCAACACAGUCAUAGACAGCGGAAAAAAAUUUUUAGAUUAUAAUAUCGUUAAAGCGCAGAAUAUUAAAGAGUUUUCAAUGGAUUUGAUUUGCAAAGCAUGAAAUACAAACGAUGAGAAACGGAAAUAGGCUUUUCGAAGUAGAUUCAAUGCAGUGUCCGUGUCCGAGAUCACGUGAGUGUACCACCAUGAUAAAGAGUCACAGAGUGUAUGAAUGAUCGCAAACUUAAAAAAGAUAUAUGAUUUUCAAAGGGAAAUACUCAAAAACCCCAAAAAAAAAGUAACAAAAAAUAAGAAAAAUACUAAAAUAUAUUAAAUGCAAAAUGGCGUCUGUCGGCCAGUAAUAAAACGAGCAACUGCCAUGGCUCAAAACUACGUAGAUGAGCAUAAGAUGAUUUAACGAAGUAAAACGAACUAACGAAGAAAACAAAAAAAAAUAAAAUAAAAGUGCAAAAAUACGUACGACACAAAUUAAAACACUUUCAUGAACACUCACAAGUACACUUACACAUACCCACAUCCGCAAAGCUAUACAGACACCAGAGAGACAAGAAAUCCAAUUUUAACAUGUCUAGCUAUCGAGAAUCAUUAAGAAUUGUCCAUUAUAUAGAUAUUCUGUUAUCAAUUUGCGAGGUACCCGAUAACUCGUAUGCUAAAGGUGCGCGCGCAUUAGGGAAACGGAAAGAGCUUUAGAUUCAAUGGAGUCGUUGGCCGAGGGGAGCAAGUACGAGUAAGCAAGAUGGAAAGAGUAUCACGUGUAUAAGGUGCCGUAGAGACCGUGUUUUCGCGGAUAACCACGUAAAAUCCAAGAAUGAGGACACCAACAGUGAAAUGUCUGGAUGGCAGAAUUAGAAAAUAUGUUGGGUAAGAGGCUGCAGCGAGAGACAUUCGUUACUCUAAAUCAGUGAUUUAAGGGAUGAAACAGAAAAAGGACAAAAAAGUAUAUGAGUUAUUUGCACAAUAUUAUAUGAAUAUAAAUGACGACAAAGGAGCAAGAGAAAAAAAAUAGCAAAUGAAGGGAUAAUUACCAUGUUCAUUACGAUUAUUAAAUUAAAGAGCAAAUAAUAAAAGGGUAAAACCGUUGUUAAACAGUGUAAUUACGUGAGAGAGAGAGAGAGAGAGAGAGAGAGAGAGAGAGAGAGAGAGAGAGAAAAAGAGAAUGAGCAGGUGAGGUGGGGCAGGAGAAGGGUUAGGUAGAAAAUAAGAGAUUAUACAUGAGCGUGCGAGAGAGGUAGAAAGAGGAAUAAGAGUGGUGUACAAUCGUGAGAAAGAACAGAGGACGAGGGAUAGAAAAGAGAGAGAGAGAGAAUAGGGAAGAAAUUACGAGCAGAAAAAAACAAUAAAUGAUUUAGCAAGGAUGAUCGAUAUUAUCGGAUAAUUAAUUGGAUCAGAGCGAUUGAUUUGUUACGUUCGUUAGUUACCGAUCAUUAUAUUGAUUAUUGUAAUUAUAAAAAAUAAAUAAUUAUUACCGUAAUAGUUAACAAUUAACAAGUUGUUACCGCUUUGUUAUACACAAUAUAAUUAAUAUACUAAGAUUAUGAAGUAA